AUGACAUCUCGGCGGCAGCGAUAUUUUCGCGCUCGAUCUCCUCAUUCGGAAGCCACUUCUAGUCAUAACGGCGAGAUGGUUGGGUUAGAAACGAUUGAUCAUGAGGAACUCGGUGUUAUUGACGCAGAAACAGGUUAUUUCAAAAUAGUUAUUUUUUUCUAGAAACGAGAAAAGAAAACUUUUUGGAAAAGUGAUGUAAAAUCGUUUAGUUCUAUUUCUUAAAUUUUAAAAAGCCUUUUAUAAUAGAUUCAUUGCUCAUGUAUGUAGAUGUUUGAAGGAGGAUAGCUUCAAAAAUUUUUGCAUCAUACUGAGGAAAUUGGAACAAAUGUUCGAAAUCGCGAAAUUCUUGUUUUAAUAUGAGGAAGCUCAAUGUGUAAUAAUUUUUGUGGUUGUGAUUUUUUAAAUUUCAACUAGAAAAGGGCCAAAAAUACUCUUUUUGAAUGUUUUUAAAUAUAUUUUUACAACGGUUCAACUUAAUAUUUAUUGAAAACUAUAGGUUUUUUUUAAAGUAAAAAUAAAAAAAUCAAAGUUUAUUUUGUGGGGAAAACUUUUCAACAAUGACAAAGGUCAAAAAACCAAAAAUGGCUUUUGAAAAACCUGUUUUUUCCUUUUUAUGGCUUUUUUAUUGGGGUGGUUCUUUUUCAGAAGGUCAAACAGGUGUUGAAAUUCAAAAAAAGCAAAUUAUUUCUAUGAAAUGGAUGAUUUUAAAGGCCAUGGUAGUCAAAAAAAUCACUUUUUUGCAUUUUUUUGGAGACUUUUUAAAAAUUUUUUUACAUGGGUUCUAUAUGUUGAAACAGCCUGCUUUUUAACUAAACAAAUUUUUUUGGCCUCAAAAAAAUCCAUCUUUUCUACGGAAAUCAAUAGAUAUUUUUGAAAAAGAAGACGGAUUUUAAUAAAUUAUCAGACUUAGCUAUUUUUUCAUUGAAAAAUCUUAGUUUUCCUACAAAAUAAGUGUCCUUUCAGUGUCUGGAAACGGCCAACGUCUGCGGCAAGGCGGCCAAGUCGUCGUGGAGGAGGUCACGAAUGAAGAAGUCCUGGAACAAGAGGACAUGACCCUCGACCAUAACGACGCCCAAAUGGCCCACCAGCACUACGCGACCUCCAGACAAGCUCGCUUCGCAGUGCCCGGGAACGGCCCGCGUCGCCCGGGCCGUCCUCCCAAGUUCGGCGCCUCCCAGCCGAUGGCGCUGGACAUGGUCGCCAAGCUGCAGAACAAGGCGACCUACGCCGCCGCCCGCCUUCCUCCCAGCAACCCCAUCCUGCACAAUCACGUCCCGCCGCCGAACCCCCGAGUUUCGCCCGGAGGUGCCCGACUCGUGAGUGUCCCCCGGAAGAGGGAGCUCUCGGCUAGUGGCGUGGGGCCAAUGUCGAAGCGGAUAGGGAUCCCGAAUUCCUACCAAGGGAUCCGGGCGACUUCCUCCCGGGCCCCCAGCAGUUAUGUCGACACUUCCAAGGAGAAUCGGCCCGUCAAGGUUUGGAAUAAUCUAAUAAAUCAGUUUUUUUAGAUUUCUGAGCGUGUUUUUUUCGAUUUUUUUAAAAACUUUAAGAAGCUUGAUUUUUUUCUUUUAUUAAGGUCCUUGAGCCUUUGGAAAGGGCGGAGCUAAGAAAAAAAUAAGAUUUUUUUACUAAAUUUAGAAAGAAAAAUGAAAUGGAAAAAAAGCCAUUUCUGGCUCACUUUGAAGAAAAUUACGUCUAAACCUCUUCUUUUCACACCCUAUUCCGUUAUUCGUGUCGAGACCCUUUUUUAUAAAUAUUCCAGAUUAAUGAGUUAAAUGCGCUCCAUGGAUAAAGCUUGCUAAAAUUCAGUUUUACGGAAUUUUUUGACGAAAAAAAGUAAUAGUUUUUAACUCAGAAAUGCCGUACUUAGAUCAAAUUUAAGCAUUUUCGCUUCAAGACCUUUGUUUUUUGUUGUCUUUCUAGCAGUUUCGUAGAGCAAUAGUUAUAUUUAGGGUAAUUUUUUUUCUGUUGGUUCAAAUAUUUUGACUUUUAUUCUUUUUUAACUUUUUCCAAGGGCCUUUUAGGCGUUUUAAAGUUCAGAUACGGGAUAAUUUGACAAAAAUUCGCCUAGUAAGCUUGUUUUCUUCAGAAAUAGCACUGUGAGCUCAUUAAAAAGGCUAAAAAUGGAGGAUUUCCAAUUCAAAUUAUCUCCUUUAGGUAGUCAUGAUCAUUUCAUUUUUUUAGUUGAGUUCCUCUUUUUGAAAAAUUGGAAACUGAGGGGGAGGGGGGAUUUUUAUGUGGUCCAAAAAAAGUAUUGAAAAAGUAGAACUCAAUCAAAUGAUUUGACUUUUUCUUUUUUUAACUUCUUCCAAGGGCCUUUUGGGCGAUUUUAAGCUCAAAUUAAUUCGAAAAAAUGCACCUAGAAGCCCAAAUACGGAAUACAUUGAAAAAAUGUACCUAGUAAGCCUAUCCUCUUCAGAAAGAGCAUUGUAAGAUCAUUAAAAAGGCUAAAAAUGGAAGAUUUCCAAUUAAAAUUCUCCCUUUUAGGUGGUCCGGAUCCUGCCCAACUCCCUCCGCCAGAACGCCCAACUCCUCGAGCAAUCCAUCGUGGAUCUCGACGAGAGGAUCAAGGACGUCCUGGAGGAGACCAAGGUCGAUUUCGACAAGUGGAAGGCGAUCGCCGCCCAGCAGCCGCAGAUGAGCCCCGAGGAGUACCACAACAUGCUCGGGAUGCUGCUCAACGAGCUCGAACGGACGACGGCCGCCAACAACGCCCUCACCGACUACCAUCGUCAGAGACAGCGUCAAGAGAGGAACCUCUACGAGUCGCGCGAAGACAAUUUCAACGCGAGGAUCCGUCAGCUCGAGACGGAGAACCGCAAGCUACGGGAGAACAUGCUCGCCUCCCUCCAGAACCGCUUUGAACAGUACGGAGCCACGAUGAUGGACGAGGCCGAGCAGAUGCAAGACGGAACUCACAUGAUCGACGAGGGUCAUGAUCAGCAACAGCAGCAGGACAAUCAGCUCCAGCUCGAUGAGGUGAAUCUCGUGGAUUUAGAAAGACUAUUUUGGAAGGCAAGGCCAAGAGGACUCUUAAGGGUUUUUCGAUUUUUUGAAGGAGACUAUGGAGUUUUUGAACGUAUGAUUUUAUAGGCAAGAUCCAAGAGUCCUCUUAAGGGUUUUCCGAUUUUUUAAAGGAGACUUUAUGGAUUUUUUCGAACAUUUGAGGUCAUAAGCAAGGUCCGAGAGGCCUCUUAAGGGUUUUUCGACUUUUAAAGAAGACUUUAUGGAUUUUUUGAACAUUUGAGGUCAUAAGCAAGGUCCGAGAGGCCUCUUAAGGGUUUUUCGUUUUUUAAAGAAGACUUUAUGGAUUUUUUGAACAUUUGAGGUCAUAAGCAAGGUCCGAGAGGCCUCUUAAGGGUUUUUUUCGACUUUUUAAAGAAGACUUUAUGGAUUUUUUUGAACAUUUGAGGUCAUAAGCAAGGUCCGAGAGGCCUCUUAAGGGUUUUUUUCGACUUUUUAAAGAAGACUUUAUGGAUUUUUUUGAACAUUUGAGGUCAUAAGCAAGGUCCGAGAGGCCUCUUAAGGGUUUUUUUCGACUUUUUAAAGAAGACUUUAUGGAUUUUUUUGAACAUUUGAGGUCAUAAGCAAGGUCCGAGAGGCCUCUUAAGGGUUUUUUUCGACUUUUUUUAAAGAAGACUUUAUGGAUUUUUUUGAACAUUUGAGGUCAUAAGCAAGGUCCGAGAGGCCUCUUAAGGGUUUUUUUCGACUUUUUAAAGAAGACUUUAUGGAUUUUUUUGAACAUUUGAGGUCAUAAGCAAGGUCCGAGAGGCCUCUUAAGGGUUUUUCGACUUUUAAAGAAGACUUUAUGGAUUUUUUGAACAUUUGAGGUCAUAAGCAAGGUCCGAGAGGCCUCUUAAGGGUUUUUCGACUUUUUAAAGAAGACUUUAUGGAUUUUUUGAACAUUUGAGGUCAUAAGCAAGGUCCGAGAGGCCUCUUAAGGGUUUUUCGACUUUUAAAGAAGACUUUAUGGAUUUUUUGAACAUUUGAGGUCAUAAGCAAGGUCCGAGAGGCCUCUUAAGGGUUUUUCGACUUUUAAAGAAGACUUUAUGGAUUUUUUGAACAUUUGAGGUCAUAAGCAAGGUCCGAGAGGCCUCUUAAGGGUUUUUCGACUUUUAAAGAAGACUUUAUGGAUUUUUUGAACAUUUGAGGUCAUAAGCAAGGUCCGAGAGGCCUCUUAAGGGUUUUUCGACUUUUAAAGAAGACUUUAUGGAUUUUUUGAACAUUUGAGGUCAUAAGCAAGGUCCAAGAGGCCUCUUAAGGGUAUUAUAACGUUUUUUUCGAUCUCUAUGGCUUUUUAAAAAAAGUGCAUUUUUCUGAUUUUUUUAAAAAAAUAAUUUUUGAACAUUCAAGGUCUUAAGAGGGCUCUGAAGGAUAUUAAACGUUUAUUAGUCUUUUAAAAAGGCUAUGGAUUUUCUGAAAAAGUGAGAGCAUAAUUAAGGUCCACUAGAUCCCUUAAGGGUUCUUUUAGCCCUCCAAGAUCCGUUAAAAAACGGAAAACUACAAAAAUUGUGAGAAAAGACGCUAGUCCAUCUUAUGAAUGAAAAAAAAACGAUGUUUUUCAAGUUUUCAAGGAGCAUCAUCUUCUUCGCCAUUUUUCAAAAAAGAACGAUUUCCAGGACGUCCCAACGGAAUGGAUCGUGGAGCAGACGGUUGGAGAUGAUCCCAACGACGAAGAAGACGUCAAAAUGCAAGUCGUCAUAGGCGACGACGGCAACCAAGAACAACAGUACCUCGAAUGA